AUGUCCAAUCAAUCGGGUAUUUUUGCUGAUCAAUCUCUGUUGGACGUGUUCGUCUCCUCUCCUGCCCCUGAUACUGGGUCGCAGUUCAGGAUUAUCACUGCCAAAAUUCCAGCUGAGGCUAAUAAGGUGGAACUAGCUAAGGAGUACGACACUAUCGAUCAGCUAAAAGCCGAUCUAGAUGACGCACAACCCUUGUAUAUCUUUGUUAAGGAUUACCAACAGGAUCCAGACUGUUUUCACUUUGUCUCGUACGUCCCAGACAACUCUCCUGUCAGAUCUAAGAUGCUGUAUGCGUCUACCAAAAACACUAUACUGAGACAGGUUGGCAGCCAUAAAAUUGGCAAACAAGCUCUUCUAACUGAAGCGGGAGAGUUGUCUGAAUUCAUAAACAUCGCUGGACAAACCCCUCAACCCACUGAUUCUAUUUUGACAGAGUCCGAGAAGAUAGAGAAAGAGAUCAAUGACCAGCAGCGCAGGAUGAGAACAGUUGCCCCAAACCUGAGAGGCCACGAACUUGUAUCGCAAAACAAUGCUACACCUGGUCAAUUGAGUUUUAAUGUCACGAUUGAGGAACCGUCACUAUCCACUGUCCUUGCCCAAAAUAACGUGAUCUCCUUUAGGAUCGAGAACGAGGAGGUUAAAAUCGUCGAUAGGAGUAGAAUCAGCUCUCCGGAACAACUUAGCUUGAUCACAGAACAUCCGAGUUACACCGUUUUCCAAAAUGGGCAGUUGAACUACUUUAUUUACACCUGUCCAUCGGGGAGCAAAGUGAAAGAACGUAUGAUAUACGCUUCUAAUAGACGUGGGUUUAUCCAACAUCUGGAAAACGAGGAAAACUUGCAAUUUGCCAAAGUGAUCGAAAUUGGUGAACCUGAAGAGUUGGAGAUUUCUUUGAUUUCCAAGUCGACUCCUGAGGAAAUCGAAACUGAAGAGAGCACUGAGCAACAAAACGACACCCGAAGAUUUAACAAACCAAAGGGUCCAGGGGGUAGGAGAAGAAGAGCCUGA